AUGUCGAUUUUCAGUGACUUUACCAAGAACAUCAGAGACAUAUCUGCAAAUGUAGUAUCUGAAGUAACUAGAACAGUUAAAGGCGAGCCAGAAAUUGUAGCAAUGUCUUCAAAAAACCAGAUAAUCGCCAAAGUUUUCUCCACCCUUUUCGGUGUUGCAGCGUCUUUCACGCUUGCUUACUUGGGAAUCAAAUGGUUAACUGAUGCAAUGGACCCAACAAAGAAAGAAAAGAAAAUGGCACAGGCAGAGGCACAAAAAAUGUUAACCAAGCUUGGAGUUCAGAAUGUUCAAACGUUGACAGAUUAUGAACUGUGUAUAGCAGCCAAUUUAUUAGACCCCAGCUCAAUGGAAGUUACAUGGGAAAGCAUCGGAGGCCUUGAUAACACAAUUCAAGAGAUCCAGGAGACAGUUAUUCUUCCCUUUAAACGAGCAGAUCUGUUCCGAAACUCGAGUCUGCUGCAGCCACCUAAAGGUAUAUUACUGUAUGGCCCACCUGGCUGUGGGAAGACAAUGAUUGCAAAGGCCACAGCUAAAGCUGCAGGAGCCAGAUUUAUUAACCUUCAGGUCUCCACCCUGGUAGACAAAUGGUAUGGAGAGUCACAGAAGAGAACAGAAGCUGUGUUUUCAUUGGCAGUCAAGCUGCAGCCAACAAUCAUAUUUAUAGAUGAAAUUGAUUCUUUCCUCCGGUCUCGAUCAUCAAAUGACCACGAGGCUACAGCAAUGAUGAAAACACAGUUCAUGAGUUUGUGGGAUGGGCUGACCACAGACCCAAAUCUCCGUGUUAUGGUGAUGGGAGCUACAAACAGACCAUUAGAUGUGGAUGCAGCAAUCCUACGGCGUAUGCCAAGCCAGUUUUACAUUGGAAUGCCAGGCCAAGAACAGAGACGCUCCAUAUUGGAACUUAUUUUAGCUGGUGAACAAACUGAAGAUUUAAACUAUGACCAUCUAAGCAAACUGUCCGAAGGCUUGUCAGGAAGUGACCUCAGGGAAGUGUGUCGGGUAGCAGCAGUGUCUGUUGUUCAUGAGUAUGUGCAAGAACGUGCCAGGAAAACUUCAGAAUACGAAGGUACAGGGGACAGCUUUCGUCUGAUACGCAUGUCCGAUCUUCAGAAUGCUGUUCACAAAUUCAAAAAUACAAUGUCCAUAUCAUCAAGAAUGAAUCAGCCUGUGGCACCGGCAGUGGACUGA